AUGGCCACCACAACCGCUACCGUCACCAAGGCGCGGUCCAAGAACGACAAUUUGCCGCCCGAGAACGAGCGCUUCCUGCGAUGCUGCGCGGAUAUCUCGAAUGCCCUGAUCGAAGACCACGAGGCCGUCAGAGACCCCAAGAACCCGCACAAGGACCUGAACCUCAACACCCUGCGUAACAAGUUUGCGAGGAAGCACAAGCUUGCCAACAUCCCGCCGCUGACUGCGAUUAUCGCGGCCAUCCCCGAGCACUACAAGAAGUACAUCUUGCCGAAGCUCAUUGCGAAGCCGAUUCGAACAUCGUCGGGAAUCGCAGUGGUGGCUGUCAUGUGCAAACCCCACCGAUGCCCGCACAUCGCUUACACGGGCAACAUCUGCGUCUACUGUCCCGGCGGACCCGACUCCGACUUCGAGUACAGCACACAAUCCUACACUGGAUAUGAACCCACGUCGAUGCGAGCAAUCCGGGCACGGUACGAUCCAUUCGAGCAGGCCCGCGGCCGUGUCGACCAGCUCAAGUCCCUCGGCCACUCCGUUGACAAAGUCGAAUACAUCAUCAUGGGUGGCACUUUCAUGUCCCUGCCGGUACCAUACAGGGAGGACUUUAUCGCCCAACUACACAAUGCGCUCAGCGGUUAUCAGACGUCCAACGUCGACGAGGCUGUUGAGGCGAGUGAAAUGAGCAACAUCAAGUGCGUCGGUAUCACCAUCGAAACUAGACCGGACUACUGUUGGCAGCCCCAUCUGACGGAUAUGCUGCGGUACGGCUGCACGAGACUGGAAAUUGGAGUGCAGUCACUCUACGAGGACGUUGCGAGGGACACGAACCGCGGACACACCGUCGCUGCCGUCGCCGAGACGUUCUGCUUGGCAAAGGAUGCCGGCUUCAAGGUCGUUAGCCACAUGAUGCCUGACCUGCCCAACGUGGGUAUGGAGAGAGAUUUGGACCAGUUCCGAGAGUAUUUCGAAAACCCUGCGUUCCGUACCGAUGGUUUAAAGAUCUACCCUACGCUUGUCAUUAGAGGCACCGGCCUGUACGAGCUAUGGCGGACGGGCCGUUACCAGAACUACACACCCAACGGUCUGAUUGACCUUGUCGCGAGGAUCUUGGCACUGAUUCCGCCAUGGACCCGUAUCUACCGUGUUCAGAGAGAUAUCCCCAUGCCCCUAGUCACGUCUGGCGUGGAGAACGGCAACUUGCGAGAGCUAGCGUUGGCGAGAAUGAAAGACUUUGGCACGACGUGCCGAGAUGUGCGGACACGCGAGGUGGGUGUGAACGAGGUCAAGAAUAAGAUUAGGCCCAACCAGAUCGAGCUCGUCAGACGAGACUACACGGCGAACGGCGGAUGGGAGACGUUCCUGGCGUAUGAGGACCCAAAGCAGGACAUUCUCGUUGCGCUGCUCCGCCUGCGCAAGUGCACCGAGAAGUACACGUACCGCGAGGAGCUCGUCGGACAGCCGACCAGUCUGGUGAGAGAGCUGCACGUGUAUGGCACGGCGGUGCCGGUGCAUGCGCGAGAUCCGAAGAAGUUCCAGCAUCAAGGCUUCGGCACCCUACUCAUGGAGGAGGCGGAGAGGAUCGCAAGGGACGAGCAUGGCAGUGAGAAGAUUAGUGUCAUUUCUGGUGUCGGCGUGAGGAGCUACUACGCCAAGCUCGGAUACUGGCUCGACGGGCCAUACAUGAGCAAGUGGCUCGAUGGCCGGCCCGGACCCGACGAGGCUACCUGA